GGAAGCAGAGUUCACCAGAGACGACCGUUGUCCUCUCCAUACUUUGCGUGUGCGUCCUGGUUGAGCCGCUCUGCAACGACGGCUUCAGGCGGUGUAGUUUCUUAGGAAGCCCGGGACAUUUUUCUCGCGGUGCGCAGAGAGCGCGCGCGGCCGCAGAGACUUUUGGGAAGUGUAGUUUUUCUGGCGGCCACCGUGCGAGGCCCCGGUAACUUUUGUCCCUGGCGCGGAGUCGUCUUAGAAAUGCUGCUCUGGUAUGGACUCCGCUCUUGGUCCACCCCGCGGUAGCUUCGGCCAGGCGGCGGAAUUCUCCGUCUUGGAAUCUGGGAGGACUCUGGGCAGUGCGGUUCCCGCGAGGGCGGCGGCCAUCCUCGCUCGCAACGACCCGGCGCGUCAGGACACUGCCCUUCUAUAACACAAGAGCCUGGAAAGAGGACUGUGUGGACUAUUGGAAACUGCAGAGUCAUGUUCCAGGUGACAUUUAGUGAUGUGGCCAUAGACUUCUCUCACGAAGAGUGGGGACGGCUAGAUUCUGCUCAGCGGGAUUUAUACAAGGAUGUGAUGGUCCAGAAUUAUGAGAACCUGGUGUCUCUAGCAGGUCUUUCCAUACCUAAGCCAUAUGUGAUCACUUUAUUGGAGGAUGGGAAAGAACCUUGGAUGGUGGAGAAAAAACUGUCAGAAGGUAUGUAUCCAGAUUGGGAAUCAAGAUGGGAAAAUAAGGAAUUAUCAGCAAAGGAGGAUAUUUAUGAUGAAGAUUCCCCCCAAACGGUAAUAAUAGAAAAAAUUAUAAAACAAAGUCAUGAAUUUUCAAAUUUUAACAAGGACUGGGAAUAUAUAGAGAAGUUGGAGGGGAAGCACAAAAAUCAGGUAGAACAUUUCAGACCAGUGACCCUCACCUUUAGAGAAAGUCCCACUGGGGGAAGUGUUUACAAAUACAGUACAUUUAGAAGCAUCUUCCAUUUAAAGUCUGUUCUUUCUGAACCACAGAGAAUUUCUGCUGAAGGAAAAUCACAUAAACAUGAUAUAUUUAAGAAGAACUUACCAAAAAAGUCAGUUAUAAAAAAUGAGAAUAUCAGUGGUGGAAAGAAACUUUUGAAUUCUGACGAAAGUGUGGCAGCCUUCAGCCAGAGUAAAUCUCUUACCCUUCACCAGACUUAUAACAGAGAGAAAAUCUAUACAUGCAGUGAAUGUGGGAAGGCCUUUGGCAAACAAUCAAUCCUUAAUCGCCAUUGGAGAAUUCAUACAGGAGAGAAACCCUAUGAAUGUCGUGAAUGCGGGAAGACUUUUAGCCAUGGCUCAUCCCUUACUCGACAUCAGAUAAGCCACAGUGGAGAGAAACCUUACAAAUGUAUUGACUGUGGGAAGGCCUUUAGUCACAUCUCGUCACUUACCAAUCAUCAAAGCACUCACACUGGAGAGAAACCGUAUGAAUGUAUGAACUGUGGAAAGUCUUUUAGUCGUGUUUCACAUCUCAUCGAACAUCUGAGAAUUCAUACUCAAGAAAAACUCUAUGAGUGUCGAAUAUGUGGGAAGGCCUUCAUUCAUAGGUCGUCUCUCAUUCACCAUCAGAAAAUUCAUACUGGAGAGAAACCUUAUGAAUGCAGUGAAUGUGGAAAAGCCUUUUGCUGUAGCUCCCACCUUACUCGACAUCAAAGAAUUCACACUAUAGAGAAACAAUUUGAAUGCAACAAAUGUCUGAAAGUCUUUAGCAGCCUCUCAUUUCUUAUUCAGCAUCAGAGUAUUCAUACUGAAGAAAAACCCUUUGAAUGUCAAAAAUGCAAGAAAUCCUUCAACCAGCCUGAAUCACUGAGUAUGCAUUUGAGAAAUCACACUAGGUUGAAACCUUACGAAUGCAGCAUAUGUGGGAAAGCCUUCAGUCAUAGGUCAUCCCUGCUUCAACAUCACAGAAUUCAUACUGGAGAGAAACCCUAUGAAUGUAUUAAAUGUGGGAAGACCUUCAGCUGUAGUUCAAAUCUUACUGUACAUCAGAGAAUUCAUACUGGAGAAAAGCCAUAUAAAUGUAAUGAAUGUGGGAAAGCUUUUAGCAAAGGCUCAAAUCUUACUGCCCAUCAGAGAAUACAUAAUGGAGAGAAAGCUAGUAGUGCAGUAAGUGUGGAAAAGCCUUUAGACCAUAUGAGUCACUAUACAAGUGAAAAUUCCUACAAGAGAGAAACUGUUUGAAUGCAGUAUUUGUCAUAAUACAUUUUAGCCAUAGAUCCUCCCUGAUUCAACAUCAGAAAAUUUAUACUGAAGAAGUCUUAUGAAUGUUAUGAAUGUGGGAAGGUCUUUAGCAAUGGUACAAGCCUUAUUGUCCAUCACAGUUCACACUGUAGAGAGACCAUAUGAAGGCAAUGAAUGUGCCUUUAGCCAGUAUGGAUCCCUUAAUUAACAUAAGUAAAUCCACAAUGGAGAAAAACCCUAUAUAUGUAACAAAUAUGGGAAGGACAUUAGGCAAUGUGAAUCUCUUAUAAAACAUUAAACAUACAGGAGAGAAGCAAUGUGAAUAUAGAAAUCGUGAGAAGUCCUUCAUUUCAAGUACAUCCCUCAUUCUAUGUCGAAGAACUCACACUGGAGAGAAAGCUUAUGUAAGAAAUGUAGCAGUGUUCACUAAGAGUUCUUAUCUUGCUAGACAUCAGAAGAUUAAUGCUAGAACAACCUGAAGGAUGUAGGAAUUAUGUGUACAUCUUUGCAAUGAUGCUAUUUGUAAACACUUCUAAAGGGAGCAAACAAGCAUAAGUGAAUAUGCAUUUCUUAUAGCAGUAGCAUGCAAUUUUACUCGAGUCCUAGAAAGAAAUUAGCUAAUGGUCAUGUGAAGAUAUUUAGUUACCCAGUGGAUGCAGUAAAUGUUAUAAAGUUGAAAAUUAAAGCUGCAAAAGAAGUAAAAAGUAGUGUGAAUAAAAUUUUUUGUUUCUAAUAAAAUCAUUUUGUAUGUAAUGAACACUGUCACUCUGCCACUGAUAUUUCUUGCAAAGUUUUCCACUACUUUCCUCUUGAGGAAUUGAGAUCAGCCUUACUAUAGCCUUUAGUGGGAGACUAGCAAGCCUAGAGAAGAAUGGCCUGAUCUCUGUGCGAAGAAUAUCAUUAUUCUGGUGAGGAUAAUUCACAGUAGUUGGCUUAGUUUACACAUUUUAAUUUUUACAAGUGCUAGCCAAGAAACAUACUAUGGGAAAUCAGAGGAGGCUUGACUGUGGGUUGCUUUUUAAUCUAAAUUCUAAAGGAAGAGUACUAAUUAUGUAGCUGUGUGGGUGCACACACUCUGGGGUCGUUCUAGGCAAAGCAGACAAGCAAGUUCUGCCAUGUUUGCUGCAGCUAGACUCCAUGAUCCAGUGUCUAGUUUUUUUUUUUUUUU